GCGCCCCCCCUAGCGGCCGGCUCCGGGAUCAACCGCCCCCGCGGACGCCGGUGUCUCCGCGCGGCGUCGGGAUGAAGCCCCACGGCAUUUACCGGCAGCUGGACCCACGGCAGGAUUCUGUGGGGCAGCCCCACUGCUCCCCACCGAAGGGCGCCGACCCCCCCUCCGCCGCCCUGCGCUCCGGCGGCGCCUUCCUCUCCACCCUCCUCCUCGCCCUCUUCGUCCUCCUCUUCCUCUUCUUCCUCAACCUCCGGCCGAGCUCGGCAUUCCGCGGCGACGCCGCCGGAUCCUGCGGCGACACGUGCCGGAUCGUCCUGGCGGAGAGCAUCCCGGAAGGAAUGAUUUUCGGGAACGAUUCCAUCCGGAAUCCCUCCACUUUCUUUACCUGGAUGAACCUUUUGGGGAGCGUCAACCGCAGCCUGGACAUCGCCUCCUUCUACUGGACCCUCACCAACGAGGACACGGGGACGCACGAACCCUCCGCUUCCCAGGGGGAACAAAUCCUGCAGGAACUCCUCGGCUUAUCCCGGCGCGGCGUCGCCGUCCGCGUCGCCGUCAGCCGCCCCUCGGCCAAAUCCCCGUUGAACGACCUGCGGGCGCUGGAGCAGAGCGGGGCGGCGGUGCGCGCCGUGGACAUGCCGCAGCUCACCGGCGGCGUGCUGCACACCAAAUUCUGGCUCGUCGACGGCACCCACCUCUACGUGGGCAGCGCCAACAUGGACUGGAGGUCCUUGACCCAGGUGAAGGAGCUCGGCGCCGCCGUCUACAACUGCAGCUGCUUGGCUCAAGAUUUAGGGAAAAUUUUCGAAGCUUAUUGGGCUCUGGGCGUUCCCGGCGCUUCCAUCCCGGCGCCGUGGCCAGAAAAUUAUUCCACCGCCUUCAACAUGGAGACGCCGUUGGAAUUGAAGCUCAACGACACCGCCGCCGCCGUCUACUUCUCGAGCUCCCCGCCGCCUCUCUGCGCCGAAGGUCGCACCCCGGAUCUGGGCGCCCUCUUGGACGUCAUCGACGCCGCCGAGGCCUUCGUCGACGUCGCCGUCAUGAGCUACCUCCCCACCACCGAAUUCUCCCGCCCCCGAAGGUUUUGGCCGGCCAUCGAUAACCGGCUGCGGCGAGCCGUCUUCGAACGGGGCGUCAAGGUUCGCUUGUUGGCGGCUUGUUGGCGGCACAGCUCGCCCGCCAUGUUCCCCUUCCUCCGAUCCCUCGCCGCCCUCGCCGACAACCGCACCGGCUACGGCGUGGAGGUGCGGCUUUUCGUGGUGCCAGCGAGCGCGGCGCAAACCCGCAUCCCCUACGCCCGCGUCAACCACAACAAGUACAUGGUGACGGAGAAGGCGGCGUAUAUCGGGACGUCCAACUGGUCCGGCGACUACUUCACGCGGACGGCGGGCUCGGCGCUGGUGGUGAACCAAACGGCGAGCCCAAGCGGCGGCGAUGGCGGCGGCGAUGGCGGCGGCGAUGGCGGCGUCGGCGUCGGCGGCGUCACCCUGCGGGAGCAGCUGCAGGCGGUUUUCGAGCGGGAUUGGAAUUCCCGGUACAGCGCCGACAUCGGCGACGCCGAGCGGUGGGGGAGCGUCUGCGGGGCGGCGGGAGGGGGCAAGCGGUGAAACCCCCCCCCUCCACCACCACCCCCUUCACCGCUUCGGCCCCGGCGCCGCCGAUUCCGGGGCGGCGAAACGGAACCGAAAAAGCGCCCAAAAGAGUCAAAACCAAAAACCCGCAAAAAAGCGACGUUUUCCUGCAAAUUUUGCCUCGCCGUCGGUGAGUUCGGCCUCCCCGAGGUUGCCAAAUGCCGCGCCGGCGCCGCGCCGCCCCCCCCGCCACCGAAUCUCGGCUGCACCGACCCCCAUCCCGGUAAAAAAAACGCGACGAAAUGUCGCGUUUGGCGGCAAACGCCGUUUAUUCCAAGAAGCGACGGCGGGAGGAUCCGGCCCGGCCUCAUCCCGUUGCGUCCGCCUUUUCCUCCCCGCCGGGGUUUUGCCGAAAGUCGGCAAAACCGGAGUCGGGCGCCGUCGGUUGGGCGCCGGGAGGAAAGCGCCCGGCUACGGCCGAGGGUUUCCAAGGCGGCCUCCGGAGCC